UAGCUGUGUCUCACUUCCUCCAUCACUUCGAAAGGUCUCCACGGUUCUGCCGGCGUUUUAUCUUUUCUCUCACUCCAACUCCACCGACACAAUCUGUCGCAGCCAACUCCGACAACUGGACCCAAGUACUAGCCUAUCUUCUUACCCCAGCUGAUAGAAAAAUGUCCCGGAAGGUUGUGAGGUCCAGCAAGUUCCGCCAUGUGUUUGGCCAGGCCGUGAAGGCAGACCAGUGCUACGAUGACAUCAGGAUCUCCCAGAUGACCUGGGACAGCAACUUCUGCUCGGUCAACCCCAAGUUUGUGGCCAUGAUUGUAGAUGCCAGCGGUGGGGGGGCAUUCAUGGUGCUGCCCCUGAGUAAGACAGGGCGUAUUGACAUGGCGCACCCCACCGUGUGCGGUCACACGGGCCCAGUCCUGGACAUCGAGUGGUGCCCCCACAAUGACAACAUUAUAGCCAGUGGAUCAGAGGACUGCAGUGUCAUGAUUUGGGAAAUCCCAGAUGGUGGUUUGACUAAGCCUAUGACCGAGCCCGUGGUGAUGCUCGAGGGCCACUCCAAACGUGUGGGCAUCCUGAGCUGGCACCCUACAGCCCACAACGUGCUCCUGACAGCAGGCUGCGAUAACGUGCUGAUUCUGUGGAACGUGGCGCGUGGCGAGGCUGUCCUGCGGGUGGACACGCUGCACUCUGACAUGAUCUACAGUGCCUCCUGGAACAUGGACGGGUCCCGCAUCCUCACCUCUUGCAAGGACAAGAAGCUCCGCGUGCUGGACCCCCGCAAGGGCUCCGUCAUCUCUGAGAAGGAGAAACCUCACGAGGGCUCCAGGCCGGUGCGAGCAGUGUUUGUGUCCGACGGGAAGAUCCUGACCACAGGGUUCAGUCGCAUGAGUGAGAGGCAGGUGGCUCUUUGGGACCCUAACAACUUUAAGGAACCACUCACCCUGCAAGAGCUAGACACCAGCAGCGGAGUACUCCUGCCUUUCUUUGACCCCGACACUGGAAUUGUGUACCUCUGUGGCAAGGGCGACAGCAGCAUCCGCUACUUUGAGGUGACAGACGAAACGCCCUUCGUUCACUACCUCUCCAUGUACAGCAGCAAGGAGAGCCAGAAGGGCAUGGGCUACAUGCCCAAGAGGGGCCUGGAGGUCAACAAGUGCGAGAUUGCCAGGUUCUACAAGCUGCACGAGCGCAAGUGUGAGCCGAUCGUCAUGACUGUCCCGCGCAAGUCUGACCUGUUCCAAGAGGAUCUGUAUCCGGACACGAUUGGUCCGGAGCCUUCUGUGGAGGCCGCUGAUUGGUUCGCGGGAAAGGAAGGCCAACCAAUCCGGAUCUCCUUGAAGGACGGGUUUGUGGCGACCAAAACCAAAGAGUUCAAAGUGCACAAGAGCCUGUUGACGACCACGAGCACGGCCGCCGGGGGUCGCCUGGGCAACGGCACGGAUGUGCAGUCUCUGCAGGAGGAGGUGAAGAAGCUGAGAGACACUGUGGAGGAGCUGACUGAGAGAGUGACAGCUCUGGAGAGCAAGAACUGAACCAGCCAGAGUCAGUGAGGAAGGGAACAAGGGAAGGAGAGAUGCUUAGAGGGAGAGAGGAGCUGACAGUGAUGGAGAAAGGAGAGCUAAAAGGAGGAGGGAAAGUCAAAUGUUCCUUUUGUUCAGUUCUGGGGGAAAAAACUGCACAGGAUGUUUAAGAAGCAAAAAUCAUUUUAUUUUCUGCCUGAAUUUUAUUCAGGCGUUGCUGUAGUACUUGGCGAUUACAAAACUGUGCUGGCUGUACUGCGGGGGGUGUAAAGUUUGCUUGUGUGAAUGAACAAUUAUUAUGCUUGUCUUCAUUCUUUUUUUAUAUGAAAGCAAUAUUUAGAAGAUUUCAAAUAAAAUGAGUUUUUUCCAGAA